AUGCUGCAGCAGCAGCAGCAGCAGCAGCGGGAGGAGGAGGAACGCAAGCAGCAGCAGCAGCAGCAGCAGCAGCAAAGGCGGACGCGCAGGCGCAGGACAAAGGUAAACAGGCAGCAGGAAGACAGCGAGGAGCAGCAGGAAGAAGCAGAGGCGACGGACAGCAGCAGCAGCAGCGUCGGCAGCAGCAGCAGCAGCGGCGAAGCUGCUGCUCAGGAGGAUGCAGCUGAAGAGACAGAGACACCUAAGCGCAGCAGCAGACUCAGGAGGAAGCGGAAAGCAAAGAGGCAGCAGCAGGAUUCGGAAGAAGGACUUCCUGCUGCAGCUCAGCAACCCGACGCAGCAGCAGCAGCAGCAGCAGAGAAACCUGCUCCAGCAGCAGCACACGCGUCGGCUGCAGCAGCUGCCGAAGCUGAAGCAGGGACCUCAGCGGAAGGUGCUGCAGCUGCAGCAGCAAGCGCAGCAGCUGGCGCGGCUGAAGCGCCUGCUGCAGCAGGAGGAGCAGCAGAAGCAGCAGAGGCAGCAGCAGCAGCAGCAGAUGCAGGAUUGGAGGAAGACCAAGAAGACGCCUUUGCAGCUUGGAUUAGAUGCACUGUGGAAGGGACGACAAAUGCAUCUUCAUCUGCUGCUGCUGCUGCUGCUGCUGCUGCAGAGCUGCCGAAUGCCAUCAAAGAGUUCAUAAAGGUUACAGAUAGAGAGCGGCAGCAGCAGCAGCAGCAGGAGCAGCAGUUGCUGCUUCAGCCGACGCUGGAACCUCCCAUCGGCGCUGCAGCGGACCAAAUGGAAGGCAUCGAGCUUGCUGCGCCAGCAGCAACAGCUGCAACAGCAGCAACAGCUGCUGCUGCUGCUGCUGGGGAGGAGAAGCAACAAAGCAGAACCAAGCGGGCCCGCAAGGCCCCCAAACCAGAAGAGCUGCAAGAGCUGCUGAAGGACUGCUACCGGCUAGUAGAGGACGGGGUAAGCAUUCGCCUUUUGCUGCGUGCAGCAGCAGCAGCAGCAGCAGCAGCAGCAGCAGCAGCAGCAGCAGCGAGUCUUCCAAGUGCUGUGCGUUGUGUGUGUGAGCAGCAGCAGCACCAGCAAGAGGGCUUCAACGACUUCUGGAGCAGCCGCAAGUUCACAGGAGGCGCCGCCCUAAGGCGGCUCCUCCAGGAGUCAUAG